AUGAAGAUUAACAACGUUAUCGCUAGCCUGUCCCUGCUGGGCGCCGCUACGGCGGUGCAGAUGACCCGUUACGCCGCCGCGUCGGAUGUCGAGCCUGCUUUCGAGGGCUACCUGAAGGAGCUCUACGCCUCGGCCGAGGACCCCAAGGCAACCGACACCUUUACCGACUUCUUCACCCCCCAGGGCCGGCUCAUCGUGCUCGGCAACACCGCCACCGGCGCCGAGGCCAUCGUCAAGCUCAAGCAGACCCUCUUGCCUACGGCGGGCAACAAGCACUGGAACCACCUGCCCAACGUCACCACCGUCGACUCGCAGACCACGACCCAAAAGACCUACAAGGUCCUCGGCGUCAUCGAGACCCGCUUCGAUGGCGGCAACUGCUCCCAGGCCUACUACUCCACCCGCUUUACUGUCACCAAGGAUGCCUCGGGUGCCGUUCAGUUGAAGACUCAUGCCGGCAACCUGGUGGCCUACGACGACUUUAUCGUCGAGCCCGAACAGAGCCCCACCCACAUCCCGUGUGGUACCGUCUAG